AAAAACAGGCGGAAUUCGAUAUUUUGGAAUUCUAAUAACAUAUUUGGGAAACUGCUCAUUGCCUUUGAUUUCUUGGUGUUUAAUCGAUUUUGAGUUUUGCUUUGAUUUCUCUUUCGCAUAAAUUUUCAACUAUUUCAAGUUUUACAAGCUCCCUUAUGGCCUACGACAACACCGGAACCGAUGAGGAUCUUCCUCAGUCACAUUGGAGUAGGAUGCCAAGAGGUGGUGUCUUUGGUACUGGAGAUGACAGAGCUGCUAUGAUGUAUGAUGAAACUGACAUGGAGGUGGAAAUUCACCGACUUGAGCAAGAAGCAUACAGUUCAGUUUUAAGAGCCUUUAAAGCCCAGGCUGAUACCAUUACUUGGGAGAAGGAAAGUCUCAUAUCUGAAUUAAGAAAAGAGCUAAGAUUGUCCAGUGAUCACCAUCGAGAAUUUCUUGGUAGAGUCAAUGAGGAUGAUGUUGUCCGAAGAAUAAGGGAGUGGAGGAUAUCUUGUAUGCGUGGUACUGGUCAAGCUGUUCAUGAUCAAAUACCCAGUUCUUUUGUACGUGCGAAUCAAAUCAUAGCACCAUAUUUACCUUCUCGCUCCUUUUCUGGACCAUCUCCUAGUUUUCGUCCACCAGCUGCGAGUGCGGCAAACCAGCCAUCUACAUCCACUGCCAAUAGAGAUCCUAUGAUGGAUCCCAAGGACCAGAUUUAUUCAACAAAAAUGCAGUAUCUUUCCUUAGGUCCAUCUGGAAGAGGCCAAUCCAGUAACCAGGUUUCUGAACCUGCCGAGCCAGUAUCAUUUGAUCCAUUGAUUGGAAGGAAAGUGAGAACUAGACGGCCUGAUGACAAUAAUUUUUAUGAAGCAGUCAUAGCUGAUUGUAAUGCAGCUGAGGGUAAACAUGUUCUUGUUUAUGAUGGGGGUAGUGCAAAUGAGAUGUCGGAAUGGGUCAACCUUAAAGAGAUCCCUCCGGAGGAUAUCCAGUGGGAGGGUGAAGAUCCUGGAAUUUCUCAUCAUGGAAAUAACAGUCAAUCAGGGCGUGGACGUGAUAGUGAUCCAGUUGCAGUUAGAGGCCUAGGUUUGACUAUGCCUCAGUCUAGAACAGAUUUUCCAUCAUCACAUUAUGGCAUAGGAAAGAAGGGAGAUGAUUUUAUUGUGUUACUUCGCACUGAUAUGUUGAUUAACGAGGUGGAGAAGAGGGUCUUUGGUACCUCUCAUCCAGACCCUCUGGAGGUUGAGAAGGCAAAGGAAGUUCUGAAGGACCAUGAACAAGCACUUGUGGCAGCUAUUUCAAGGCUUGAUAGGAUGAUAUCUGAUGGAGAUAGCAGUAUGAACUGUGCUAAGUGAUUUUCUAUUUCUUUUUCAUUUUAGGCUUCAUCGUAUUUGGAUUAUAUAGCUUUAUGAUGAGGUUUAUUAUAUCUUUUUUUUUU